AUGGAUUACGAUUCGAUUGUAUUUCGCGAGUUUACACAUGAAUCAUUUGAACGUAUUAAACAUUCUCAACAACAACAACAACAACAACAAACCAGUGACAAACGAUUACCGAAUAAAAAACUAGCGACUGGAGAAAAAUUACCUGACGUUGUAAGAACUAGAUUUCCAAAGAAACUGAUCGGCAAGCCAAUCGAAGAAAUCGAUGAUUACUAUGAAGCGGAUGAUGUAUUUCUAGUUAUUAAUUCAAGUAAAACUAUAUUUCGGUUCAGUUCAACACCGGCUUUAUUUCUUCUAUCUCCUUUCAAUUGGAUUCGACGUGUAGCUAUACGACUAUUAACUCAUUCACUUUUUAGUACAGUAGUUAUUCUGACGAUUCUGACAAAUUGUGUGUUUAUGACGAUGAAGGACGUGCCCGAUGCUGUCGAGUAUGUUUUUACGGGCAUUUAUACAAUGGAAGCAUUGAUUAAGUGUUUGGCACGCGGAUUUCUUCUUGGGAAAUAUACAUUUUUGCGAGAUCCGUGGAAUUGGUUGGAUUUUGUUGUGAUUUCACUUGCAUAUGUGGGAUUUUUUGUUGAUUUGGGUAACGUUGCAGUUUUACGAACAUUUCGAGUGUUACGAGCACUGAAAACUGUUGCGGUUGUACCUGGUUUAAAAACGAUUGUGAAUGCAUUGAUUCAAUCAUUUAUCUCUCUGCGAGAUGUUGUCGUCCUAUCAACGUUUGUUCUUUCAAUAUUCGCUUUGAUAGGUAUGCAACUGUAUACAGGUACUCUUCGACAAAAAUGUGUACCAACAUAUGACUCAUUCUCAAAUAUUUCGAAUCUUUCCAACAUGUCGUAUGGUGUGUAUCUAACACAGAUGAAUAAUGCAACCUAUUGGUAUCGGAAAGAUGAUCUUUACUUUCUUUGUGGUAAUUCAAGUGGAACGAAUAAAUGUCCCGAAGGUUAUGUCUGUUUGAGAGAUCGAGGUGAAAAUCCGGAUUUUGGAUACACAAGUUUUGAUAAUUACGGUUGGGCAAUGCUUUCAUGUUUUCGAUUGAUGACACAAGAUUAUUGGGAGAAUCUUUACCAACUGGUUUUAUCAGCAGCUGGUCGUUAUCAUUUCUUCUAUUUCGUUGCGGUUAUCUUUUUUGGCUCGUUCUAUCUGGUCAAUUUAAUCUUAGCUAUCGUUGCUCGAUCGUAUCUUGAACAGCAAACCAAAGCGGCAGCCGAAAAUGAAGAAUUCGAAAGGCAAAAAAUUGAAAAUCAACGUAAACAGAUAUUAUCUUCAAAAACGUCGGUCGAUUCUGAACAAAAUACAAAGAUAAAUCCAUCGCAGUUGUCAAGAAAGAGUCAACAAUUCAACAAUGAUUCAUCGGAACGAAAUCGAAAUGACGAUACAUUUGAUCAAAUCGAAUCUGAUAUACAAUGUGCUCUACUGUCUGAAGUCGUACCUGUUCAAGAACUGGAUACCAUGACUAUUCCAUCACAAAAUGCGAAGAAAUCCAAUCUGUGUGAUCGACCGUUAUUUAAAUUUCUGCAGACUUAUUGUUGCACAUGGAGUUGUCAAUCGACCGUAUUUCAACGAAUUCAAGCGGUUCUUGCGUUUUUUGUUCUGGACGCAUUUGUUGAUUUAUUUAUCACCAUAUGCAUCAUUAUAAACACGAUAUUCAUGGCACUUGAUCAUCACGGUCAAAGUGAAUAUAUGACACGAAUUUUAACAACAGGAAAUUAUGCGUUUACAUGUAUAUUCACGGCUGAAUCGAUAUUGAAAAUCAUUGCAUUGACUCCAGCGAAGUUUCUCAAGAAUGAAUGGAAUGUUUUUGAUUUAAUCAUUGUUACUGUGAGUCUUAUUGAGUUAGGUCUUGCCAAUGUCAAGGGUUUGAGUGUGUUACGUUCAUUUCGAUUAUUACGAGUGUUUAAAUUAGCGAAAUCAUGGAAAACGCUGAAUCGACUUGUGUCAAUUAUUGGAAAAUCAUUGGGAGAUUUGGGAAACUUAACAUUAGUUCUUAUCAUUAUUAUAUUUAUCUUUGCCGUGAUGGGAAUGCAGCUGUUCGGUCAAAAAUAUGCUGAUAAAUUCGGCAAGGACAUGCCACGAUGGAAUUUCUUCGAUUUUUUCCACGCAUUCAUGAUUGUCUUUCGUGUCCUAUGCGGUGAAUGGAUUGAAUCUAUGUGGGUAUGUCUCGAAUGUGCUGGCUGGCCGUGUAUUCCAUUCUUUCUCUUUACUUUCAUCAUUGGCAAUCUUGUGAUAUUGAAUUCAUUUCUCGCACUUCUACUUGCAUCGUUUGGUUCCGAUGUGUUCAACGAAAAGGAAACUGAACAGGAUAAAAUCACUGAAGCUAUCAAUCGUAUUCGACGUUUCGUUCAUUUCCUCAUUCGAUCGAUUAAACGUCUGUGUUCUCGAGAGGAUGAUGCUCUUGCAAUUGAAAUUGAAUUAACUCCUGAUCUUCCUCGAAUGACACUCGCCGAUAUCGAAACGUCGCCGACUAACCAUGAAAUUCUUUAUUUCCCACCCGAUUGUUGUCCGAGUGGUAUAUCGAAACAUUUCUCCUGCUGUUCAACAUAUAUUCCGGAGAUCGUUCAAAACUAUUGGACAUAUCUUCGACAUUUGACUCUUCGUCUUGUCGAUCAUCGCUAUUUCGAAUGGGUUAUCUUAAUAAGUAUCUUAGUUAGUAGUUUAACUUUAGCAUUGGAGGAUAUUCAUACACGGCAACAAGUCUUAUUUUCGAAAGUUUUAUUGAUUUUUGACAAGAUCUUUACGGUUAUCUUUACUAGUGAAUUGAUUAUUAAAUGGUUUGCGUAUGGGAUUUGUACUUAUUUCAAAAGCGGUUGGAAUCGAUUAGAUUUUCUCAUUGUCCUUGUUAGUCUUCUUGGAACUAUACUUGAUCUGUUUCAUAUUGCUGAUAUACCAGCAUUUAAAUCUAUGAGGACACUACGAGCAUUGCGUCCACUGCGAGCUUUGUCAAGAUUCGAAGCCAUUCGAACUGUUGUCAAUGCUUUGAUUGGUGCUAUACCGGCGAUUUUCAAUGUUUUACUGGUUUGUUUGGUAUUCUGGUUAAUAUUCUCCAUUAUGGGUGUGCAGCUGUUCGCGGGAAAGUUUUAUAAAUGUGUUUAUGUGAACACACAUAUCCGAGUACAUGUAUCCGAGAAUGUCACGAACAAAGUCGAUUGUUUACAAAAAAACUUCACAUGGGAGAAUUCAAGACUGAAUUUCGAUAAUGUUCUCAUGGGUUAUUUGUCGUUAUUUCAAGUUGCGACAUUCAAAGGUUGGGUUGAAAUCAUGGCUGAUGCAACCGAUGCGAAAGAAAUCGACGUUCAACCGGAAUAUGAAGCGAAUGUGUAUAUUCUUAUCUUCUUUGUCCUAUUUAUUAUACUUGGUUCAUUUUUCAUUCUGAAUUUAUUUAUCGGCGUUGUAAUCGAUAAUUUCAAUCAGCAGAAGCGAUUAUUACAAACCGGUGCGAUUGAAAUGUUUAUGACAGAAGAUCAAAAGAAGUAUUAUAACGCAAUGAAAAAACUAGGAAAUAAAAAGCCGACAAAAGCAUUACCAAGACCGAGAUUUGCUGUGGCACGGUUUCUUUUCGAUGUAACGACCAAUCAAAAAUUCGACAUAUUUAUCAUGUUAUGCAUCUUUCUUAAUAUGCUUUGCAUGUGUCUUGAGCAUUACAAUCAAAGCCGAACUUAUAGUUACGUUUUGGAAUAUGUCAAUCAGUUUUUCGUUGCAACAUUUACGAUUGAAUGUUUUAUGAAGUUGAUUGCAUUGAAUUUUAAAUAUUUUACAAUCCCAUGGAACGUCUUCGACUUCAUCAUUGUCGCCGCAUCAAUUCUUGAACAAACAUUGAAGGAGAUUAUGGCUCAGUUUUUUGUCAAUCCAACUUUACUACGUGUUUUUCGUGUCGUACGUGUAGGAAGAAUAUUGCGACUCGUCAAAGGAGCCAAAGGUAUUCGAACAUUACUUUUCUCAUUAACUGUCUCAAUACCUGCAUUAUUCAAUAUUGGUCUACUUCUUUUUCUUAUUAUGUUCAUUUAUUCAAUAUUCGGUAUGUCCUUCUUUGCGUAUGUGAGAAAGUCAGCUGGUAUCACAGAUCUAUUCAAUUUCGAAACGUUCCCGAAUGCGAUGAUUGUGCUCUUUCAAAUGUGUACGACAGCCGGUUGGUCGAGUGUUUUCCAAGCAUUAGCGAAUGAUCGACCACCGGAUUGUGACCCAACGAUACCUUCGCCGUCAAAUAGUGGCGAUUGUGGUAAUAUGGGAAUUGCAACCGGGUUUCUCGUGAGUUUUGUGAUCAUGACUUCGUUUGUUGUAGUUAAUAUGUACAUCGCUGUGAUACUGGAGAAUUUCUCUCAGGCUCAAGAUGACGUGCAGCAAGGUUUAACCGAUGAUGACUAUGAUAUGUAUUAUGAGAAAUGGCAACACUUAGAUCCCUCUGGUUCGCAAUUUAUACGUUACGAUCAAUUAUCAGAUUUCGUCGAUGGUCUCGAACCACCAUUACGUAUUCCGAAGCCGAACCAUUUGUUUUUUGCGGCGAUGAAUAUGCCCAUAUGUGAAAACGAUCGUAUGCAUUGCGUUGACAUACUUGAUGGUUUAACGAAAAACGUUCUCGGUACUUUGCACACGUCGUUAGCAGGUAUUGAAGCUGAUGCUGCCGAUAAUGUGAAAAAAGAUCGCCCGAAAGACUAUCAUCCGAUAACAACGACCUUACAACGGCAACGGGAAGUUUAUCUACAUCGAAUUGGUGUUAAAGCUUUUCGAAACAAUGUUGAACGGCGUCGAAAUCAAAGGAAUAUCGAUAAGACUGAAGAAAAUGUGGAAUGA